AUGACGCCGGCGCGCGCGCUUACCAUCGCGCUACUCUGCGCAUGCGUUCUCAACACCCACGCUGACUCGCAGACUAGUGGACUUCUUCUUGACCAAAUUGCUGCAGAAGCUUACCACUCCUCUGCAGAUGGCUCAAACGGAACAAAAUACAGUGACUACACUGGCAACGUAAUUGUAACGAACAUCCGAAAUGUUGGCAAUCCCAGUCCAGGAGAUGAUCAAGACAUUAUUUAUCAUCUGACCGAUGAGGAAUACUACGAAAUGCCUAUUUUGUUCCACUUGGACGAGUACCCCGGAUGCCUAGCGAUGGGAGGCGCCUACUGCUUAGGAAGCUUCGAGCUCUCGCCCUCCGGACCAAGCUCUCUGUUCCGCAUGAUGCAGCGCUACUCGGCGAACUGGGUGGAUAAUUUCAAUCACACACGUUUGCACCGAGGCCUCUGCUUAACUCGCAGCUGCGUCGCUCCCGGCCACGACUCCGGGCAUGCGCUGGACGUGUGGUUCGCGUCAUGUGUGAACGCGAGUAUCAUGUCGACUCACAAUCUGUCAGCACGUCUCUACCACCUGGACUACUGCACCCGCGGCCCCGACCACCGCUCGCCACCGCUUUCCACCAGCGAACGCGCCUUCGCCGGCUUAGUUGUGGCUCUGCUAGCUCUGGCUACCGUCAGCACGGCGCUCGAUAUUAAGCUAUCAGAUCACACCAAAAAAGAGUACGGCUGGGCGCUUUGCUGGUCGCUUCGGCGCUCGUGGCGCUCUCUGACGGCGCCGGCGCCGAGCGCCCGCGGUGCGGACCUCCGCUGCUUCGACGGCCUGCGAGUGCUGAGCAUGCUUUGCGUCAUAAUCGAGCACGUCUGCUGGCUCGGCACGCUCUCAUUCGUCGCCGAUACGAGAUAUUUCGAGCAGGUUCGCCGCGCUACGGACGUGGUGCUGAUGACGAACAGCACUCUCAUGGUACAGGUGUUCUUCUUGAUGGCAAGUUUCCUGCUGGCGCACAAGCUCUUGCAAGAGCGGCCGCGCGAGCCCGCUGUUAAAACAUUCUUCACCACCAUGUUUAAUAGGAUCAUCAGAAUAAGUCCGAGCUACUUCGUGGUUUUGUGGUUCGCUUCAUCGUGGUGGGAAAGACUGGGAACCGGUCCCCAGUGGUCGUCUCUUGUUCGCUCCGAGGCUGCUAUUUGCCGCCACAAGUGGUGGACACAUCUUCUUUACAUGAACAACGUGCUGUAUCCUGAUGAAAAGUGUUUGAUACAGACCUGGUAUUUGGCAGCGGAUAUGCAACUAUACGCGGUAGCUUUAUUGUUGACGCUGCUGCUGCGCGGUCGUCGCCUCGCGCUGCCGCUCCUUGGCACGGCAUUCGCGAUGGUGACCGUGGUUCCGCUAAUGUUAGCGUAUGCUUGGCAUCUUGUUCCCACUUUCGUCGUGCACAGACCAGAAUCUGUGCGGCUGACAUAUAGCGGCGAUGCCUCGUUCACGUGGCUGUACCAGUCGCCGCUAACAAACGCGGCGGGCGCGCUGGCGGGGCUGCUUCUCGCGCACGCACACCACAGUUUGCGCGACGUUUUGCCCGAUCGACUCGCCGAAAAAAAGAUGUUCCGCUGGAUAUCAGUGUACUCGGCGCCGGCGGCGACGUGCUGGAUGGCGCUAUCCCCACUGGUCCUGGGCGCGGGCCCACCUAACGCCAUCGCCGCUGCAGUGCUGGCAGCGCUGGAACGACCGGUCUUCGUUACUUUAGUCGCUGUAGCGCUUCUUGGUGCUAUUAAUGGGAUUGACUCGCCAUGGCGGCGAUGGAUGUCCCAAGGUGGCACGGUGCUGGCGCGGCUGUCGUUCGGGGCGCUGCUGCUGCACAUGCUCUUCAAUAAGACAUUGCUCGCCACGCGUCUCGCGCCCGUGCAACUCGACCGACAAUCCGCGAUUAUGGAUUGGUUCGGCGUGGCUGUUAUAUCGUAUGCGGCGGCGCUACCGCUCGCCUUGCUAGUCGAGCUGCCAGCGCAGCAACUACACAAGGAAAUAAAAAAACUUAACGAAAAAUCGACGAACUCCAAAUCCACAGACAAGCCUAGGUCCUUGGAUAAGACAGAUAUUUGUUCGACACAACAAUGUAAUAGUAAUAGUUGA